CACCUCCCAAAGGUUGUAAUUCGGCAUUUAGAAAUAAAGUUUACCUUUCUCUAAGAAUCUGUCAUGGCUGCGCCCAUGACUAUGGAUCAGAGCUGGUUUUAUGCUCUGGCUCUCGGAGUUUCAUUUCUCAAAUGUCUUUUGAUAAAUGCGUACCACUCUACGGACUUUGAAGUACAUAGGAACUGGCUUGCCCUGACUCACAGUCUGCCAGUAUCACAGUGGUAUUAUGAGGAUACAUCUGAGUGGACAUUGGAUUAUCCUCCCCUGUUUGCUUGGUUUGAAUAUGGACUCUCUCAUAUAGGCCGUUUUUUUGAUAAGGAGAUGCUGGUUGUUCAGAAUCUGAAUUAUGCAAGUCCAGCCACUGUCCUGUUCCAAAGACUGUCAGUCAUUGUGGCUGAUGUGGUCUUCUUUUAUGCUGUUAAAGAAUGCUGCAAGUGUUUGCGAGAAGACAAAGGAAAGGACCUUCUGGGAAAGCCAUCGUUCAUCCUGGCAGUGUUGUUGUUGUGGAACUUUGGCCUUCUAAUUGUUGAUCAUAUUCAUUUCCAGUAUAAUGGCUUCCUGUUUGGAGUUCUUCUUUUAUCAGUAGCAAGACAUAUCCAGAAUAGACACUUCGAGGGGGCCUUCCUGUUUUCAGUACUUUUAAACCUGAAGCACAUAUAUCUAUACAUCGCACCUGCAUAUGGUAUCUACCUGCUGAGAUGUUUUUGUUUCACGCAGAGCAAUGCAGAUGGUUCUUUGCAGUGGAGAAGUUUCAGUGUUGUGCGACUUGUAACACUAGGAACUAUAGUAUUGUCUACUUUUGCUGUGUCAUUUGGACCCUUUAUAGCACUGGGUCAGCUUCCACAAGUCCUGUCACGACUCUUCCCUUUCAAGCGUGGUCUGUGUCAUGCGUACUGGGCACCAAACAUCUGGGCACUUUACAAUAUAGCAGAUAAAGCUUUUUCCAUCCUGGGUGUGAAAUUCAAACUGCUUGAUGUAAACAAACUUCCUAAGGCCUCGAUGACUGGUGGUCUGGUUCAGGAGUUUCAGCACUCUGUGCUUCCUUCAGUCUCUCCUUUAGCAACCCUAGUUUGCACGUUACUGUCAAUAUUGCCUGCUCUUUUCAAGAUAUGGCAUAGACCUAAUGGAGCGAGAGGAUUCUUGCGCUGCCUUGUCAUUUGUGCCCUUGGAUCCUUUAUGUUUGGUUGGCAUGUGCAUGAGAAAGCCAUUCUGAUGGCCAUACUUCCUUUAAGUUUGCUCGCUGUUGAGAGUCGAAAGGAUGCUGGGAUUUUUCUUAUGCUCAGUGUAACCGGUCAUUAUUCCCUAUUUCCACUCCUCUUCACAACCCAAGAGCUGCCCAUCAAAAUAUUUCUCAUGUUGCUAUUUACGAUCUUCAGUCUCACGUCCCUAAAAACACUGUUCAGGAAGGGCGGGGCUUUGUUGAACCAAUUGGAAGCUACGUAUCUCUUGGGCCUGAUUCCUCUUGAGCUGAUCUGUGAGGUGGUUUACCCGCUGACAGUCUGGCAGAAGACAUUUCCCUUCCUCCCUCUCAUGUUUACAUCAGUUUACUGUGCACUUGGAGUGACAUAUGCCUUCAUCAGACUAUAUGUUUCAUUGUUGACAUGUUCAGACACCACUAAAAAGACUAAAAUGCAGUGAAUUGUGUGAUGCAGAUGCUGGAGGUUGGGCAAAAUAUCUAGGAGCUGUUUAUUUCUGUUGAAUUGGACAAAAAUGUUUCAUUGGACCAAAAUGAAUGAUUUGUAGCUGAUUAUCUUGGGAUUUGUUUGGGGAUGGUUUGUGGGAUAUAUGAAUAUCUUGGUACUCAGCUGUUUAUCACUUAAAUAAUGAUGUAAUGUAGAUUAUGUAUACAAAUGUUUAUUUUUUUAAAGGUGUUUCUGUUAUUGUAUUUGCUAAGUAAAUCUGCCUCUGAGCUGCA